CCCCAAAUAAAUUUGUACAGUUCAUGUAAGAAAAUUGCUAUCAUUAAAUAUGAUUAAGCCUUCAAAAUAUGAGUUUGAUUCAGCGGUGUGGCCCAAAUGGACUAAGACUUUCUCGUCUGUCUCCCGCUCUCUGAGUUUUUGUUUUCUAAUGCUCUGUUUCUGGUCAGAGCGUGAUUCUCUGGUGCAGAGCCAGCCCACAUAAGAUGAAGUAGACGAGCUUCAGGGCAGCAGCAAAAGAAAAGAAACAGGGGAGAAGAAGGAGGAGAAGAAAUAUGGGUGUUUCUCCUGCUAGCAGUAGUAGUUCAUCGUCAUGGACGUCUUCUUUGACCUGCCGCCCCGGCGGCUCGCCGGAGGUUGACUUCUCCUCCUCUCCAACGACGGCGCUCCAAUGGCUGAGAUUCAUUCUCCUCUCUCCAUGCCCGCAGCGGCUCAUGCUGUCUUCCCUCAACAUCCUCUUCUUGCUCCUCCUCUCCGUCUUCGCCCUCCACAAGCUAUUCUCUACUCUCCUCUCUUCACGCCGCCGGUGUCAAGUCAACGGCGGCAUCUCCGACUCCGACGUCGACAAGCCCCUCAUACCACCACCGUCCUCUGUUCCGGAUGUAGUCACCACCGACAUUUGGUUCAAAAUCGCACUCGCCGCCACCGCACUCUCCGCCGCUUGCUCCGUUGUCCCCUGCAUUCUCGCCUUCACCGCCUCCUCGCCGCCGGGAGGCUGGAAGCUGCUCAACGGGCUGUGCUGGUUGACGCAGGCGAUUACCCAUCUCGUCGUCGCCGUGCUGAUCGUCCACGAGCGGAGGUUCCGAGCUCUCCGCCACCCUCUCUCCCUCCGAAUCUACUGGGUUUUCAAUUUCAUCGUCGCUGCUCUGUUUUCGUCAUCGGCGAUUCUCCGCUUCGCUGCCGGCGACGGCGAUGACCAUUCCACCUUAAUUGCAGACGACGUCGUUUCAAUAAUCAAUUCCGUCGUCUCCGUUGCCCUCCUCGCCGUCGCCGUAAGAGGUUACACUGGGGUGGGAGUUGAAUCAGGAAUCAAAUUAGAAAACCCCCUUUUGGAAGAAGAAGGGGAUUCGUUAGAUAGCGCUUUUGCUUCAGCCUCCAUAAUCUCCAAGGCGUUCUGGUUUUGGAUGAACCCACUUUUGGGGAAAGGCUACAAAACCCCAUUGAAGCUCGAAGACGUCCCCAGCCUCGCCCCACACGACAGAGCCGCCACCAUCUCCAAUCUCUGGGACGCCUCCUGGCCGACGGAGAAGAAAUGCCAGAACCCAGUUCGCACCACCAUCCUCCGCAUGUUCUGGAAGGAAAUCGCCUUCACGGCCUUCCUCGCCAUAGUCCGCCUCUGCGUCACCUACGUCGGCCCGAUUCUGAUUCAGGAUUUCGUCGACUACACGAGCGGGAAGAGAACCUCGCCUUACGAGGGUUACUACCUGAUCCUCACCUUGCUCACAGCCAAAUUCCUCGAGGUAUUGAGCUCCCACCAGUUCACUUUCAAUACCCAGAAGCUCGGGAUGCGGAUUCGCUCCUCUUUGAUUACAGCUCUGUAUAGAAAGGGGCUGCGAUUGUCCUGUUCUGCUCGUCAGGCUCAUGGAGUAGGGCAGAUUGUGAAUUACAUGGCUGUGGAUGCCCAGCAGUUAUCUGACAUGAUGCUGCAGCUCCAUGCGAUUUGGCUGAUGCCUUUCCAAGUUGGGGCGGCGUUGGUGCUUCUGUACCGAGCCCUUGGAGCUUCCACUCUCACCGCAUUCGUUGGGAUCGUCGCGGUGCUCUUGUUUGUGUUUUUUGGCACCAGGAAGAACAAUAGGUUUCAGUUCAAUUUGAUGGUUAACCGGGAUUCGAGGAUGAAGGCCACCAACGAGAUGUUGAACUACAUGAGGGUGAUCAAGUUUCAGGCAUGGGAGGAGCAUUUCCUGAAGAGGAUCCAAGGUUUUCGGGACUCGGAGUAUGAGUGGCUUUCCAAGUUCUUGUACUCCAUUGCUGAGAAUAUACUUGUCAUGUGGUGUACUCCUCUGCUGAUUUCGACUGCUACUUUUGGCACUGCGAUUCUGCUGGGCGUGCCGCUGACUGCUGGCACGGUUUUCACCACUACUUCGAUCUUCAAGAUUCUUCAGGAACCCAUCAGGACUUUCCCGCAGUCGAUGAUCUCGAUCUCGCAGGCUAUGAUAUCGCUCGGGAGGUUGGAUAAGUACAUGCUCAGCAAGGAACUGGUGGAGGAGAGUGUGGAGAGAGGAGAAGGAUGUGAUGGUGGAGUGGCUGUGGAGAUUCAGGAAGGUGUGUUCAGUUGGGAUGAUGAAGCUGAGGAACCGAUUCUGAGAGAUAUCAAUGUGAAGAUCCGGAAAGGGGAGCUUAGUGCAAUUGUUGGAACUGUUGGGUCUGGCAAGUCCUCUCUGCUUGGUUCUGUUCUCGGUGAGAUGCACAAGAUUUCUGGCAAGGUGAGGGUGUGCGGGUCAACAGCGUAUGUGGCUCAAACUUCAUGGAUUCAGAAUGGAACUAUCGAAGAGAACAUUCUGUUCGGUCUGACAAUGGACAGGAGUAGGUACAAUGAGGUGGUGAGAGUGUGUUGCUUGGAGAAGGACUUGGAAAUGAUGGAGUUUGGAGAUCAGACCGAGAUUGGGGAGAGAGGGAUUAACCUUAGUGGUGGACAGAAGCAGCGGAUUCAGCUCGCCAGGGCUGUUUAUCAGGAUUGCGACAUCUAUCUGCUUGAUGAUGUUUUCAGUGCUGUGGAUGCUCAUACUGGCACUGACAUAUUCAAGGAAUGCGUGCGAGGAGCAUUGAAAGGCAAAACCAUCUUGCUGGUGACCCACCAAGUAGAUUUCUUGCACAAUGUUGAUCUUAUAAUGGUGAUGAGAGAUGGGAAGAUUGUGCAAUCUGGGAAGUACGACGAGCUGCUGGGAUUAGGGACGGAUUUUGAGACGCUGGUAGCUGCUCAUGACACUGCCAUGGAACUCGUGGAAGCUGGUAACAAUAACUCACAUGGUAGUGAAGAAAAUGGCCCCAAAUCGCCAGGGGGAGCCCCUUUCAGCCCUGGAAGAGAAGCAGCAAACAGCAGCAGUGACAACAAGGUAUCGUCAUCAGAACCACCCAAAUCAGAGCAAGGAACUUCCAAGCUGAUUGAAGAAGAGGCUCGUGAGACUGGCCAGGUUGGGCUGAACGUUUAUAAGCAGUACGUCACAGAGGCAUUUGGAUGGUGGGGUGUUGCAGCUGCGGUGGCGUUGUCCUUGGUCUGGCAAGGGUCUCUGAUGGCCGGAGAUUACUGGUUGGCCUAUGAGACUUCCGCUGACAGAGCUACAGCAGCCAACCCGACCAUCUUCAUUUCGGUGUAUGCAAUAAUCGCGGUGAUAUCAGUGGUUCUGUUGGGAUCCAGGUCAUACUUUGUGACUCUGAUGGGACUGAAGACCUCUCAAAUUUUCUUCAAUGGUAUCCUUAACAGCAUCCUGAGGGCUCCAAUGUCGUUCUUCGAUACCACGCCAUCAGGACGAAUUCUGAGCCGGGCUUCAACUGAUCAAUCGAACAUCGAUAUCUUCCUUCCAUUUGUAUUGUCACUCACAUUGGCCAUGUACAUCACAGUGCUCAGCAUCUUAAUUGUGAUUUGCCAAAACGCUUGGCCAACUGUGUUCUUGUUGAUCCCUCUUGGCUGGCUCAAUGUUUGGUACAGGGGCUACUUUCUGGCAACGUCUCGAGAACUUACGCGACUUGAUUCGAUCACAAAAGCCCCAGUCAUCCAUCAUUUCUCAGAAAGCAUAGCCGGGGUAAUGACUAUCCGGUCUUUCAGAAAGGGAAUCAGGUUCUGUCAGGAGAAUGUCCGGAAAGUGGAUUCCAAUUUGAGGAUGGACUUCCACAACAACGGCUCCAACGAGUGGUUGGGAUUCCGGCUGGAGCUUAUCGGCUGCUUCAUCCUAUGCUCUUCUGCCAUCCUCUUGAUCGUCUUGCCUAGCAGCAUCGUCAAUCCAGCCAACGUUGGAUUGACGCUGUCGUAUGGGCUAUCCCUGAAUGCGGUGCUGUACUUCGCGAUAUACACGAGCUGCUUCGUGGAGAACAGGAUGGUUUCGGUGGAGAGGGUGAAGCAGUUCACCAACAUCCAGUCUGAGGCAGCCUGGAGGAUCAAAGACCGCCAGGCGCCUCCCAACUGGCCUGCUGAAGGCAGAGUCGACCUUCGCGGGCUGCAGGUCAGGUACAGGCCCAACACUCCCUUGGUGAUCAAAGGGAUCACCCUCAGCAUUAACGGCGGGGAGAAGGUUGGCAUUGUGGGGCGAACUGGGAGCGGGAAAUCCACCCUGGUCCAGGUUUUCUUCAGGCUGGUGGAGCCAACUGCUGGCAGGAUCGUCAUCGACGGGAUCGACAUCUCCAUGCUCGGCCUCCAUGAUCUCCGGUCCAGAUUCGGGAUCAUCCCUCAGGAACCUGUUCUGUUUGAAGGCACCGUCAGGAGCAAUGUGGAUCCCAUCGGGGACUACUCCGACGAUGAGAUUUGGAAGGUCUGGCUUGCUUUGCUUUUGCUUUUGGAAAAAGAAAGCUAAGAUUGUUUCUGUUAGUGUGCGGUAUAAGAUCCAUUAUCGAAUCCUCCUGCAGAGUCUGGAGCGCUGCCAACUGAAGGAUGUGGUAGCAGCCAAGCCUGAAAAGCUGGACGCUCCUGUGAUCGACAAUGGCGAGAACUGGAGCGUCGGGCAGAGGCAGCUGCUGUGCCUGGGGAGGGUGCUGCUGAAGAAGAGCAGGCUGCUGUUCAUGGACGAAGCGACGGCUUCUGUCGAUUCCAAGACGGACGCGGUGAUACAGAGGAUCAUAAGGGAGGAUUUCGGGUCCUGCACCAUAAUCAGCAUCGCUCACAGGAUCCCAACCGUCAUGGACUGCGACCGGGUCCUUGUUGUCGAUGCUGGACUGGCCAAGGAAUUCGAUAAGCCGUCGAACCUGCUGGAGCGGCCGUCGCUGUUUGCUGCAUUGGUGCAGGAGUAUGCUAAUCGAUCGGCUGGAUUAUAAUCGACUUCGUCGUCGUCGUCAUGCAAACACACAACGAAAUUUCUGCAUUUGUCGACUGUUUUCGACCCUUUUGCCUGUAGUCUUCUGUUAAAGGCUGCAAAUUUAACCGAGUUCAAUCCUGUCAGAGAAAGCUUGUGUAUGAUUGGUUGGGAGUUUGGGGAUUAAUUCCCUAAAUACACAUUAAACUAAACCAAAUUCCUAAACUACCACACUUAAAAAAAAAAUUCCCAAAAUACCUAAGUUUGGAGUGGUUCGAGUUUGAGGAACUCGAACUACUAACCGGUUCGAGUGUAGAAGACUCGAUCUACACGUAAAUCGAUGAUAUAAGCCUCGAACCAUGUGGGGCUGAAGUGGUUCGAGUUCAGUGAACUCGAACUACUUUGAAAUUUCCAAUCACCAUAACUUUGUCCUCGGUUAUCCGAUCGUAGCAAACUUUUU